CCCCCAUUCGGGCGGCUGCAGCCAUCGCGAGCGCUUCAGCCACAUCAGCCUCCUCCUCCUCCUCCGGCGGCGCGCAGCCCACUCGCAUUCAACAGGAGAGCCUGAGCCUGCCUGCCCGGGUCUGCCUUCGCUGCCGGUCUAUCCACCCCAUCCAUCCUCGCAGGCAGCCGCGCCAUGGCCAAGGAAGGAGCCGAGAAAGCGGAGGAGACCGAGCAGAUGAUCGAGAAAGAGGCAGCCGAAGGCGGCGGCGGCGGCAGCGGCGGCGUCGCGGUCCAGAGAGCCGCGGAUGCCAAGGAGAUGCGAGCCGUGGUGCUCUCCGCCUUCGGCGGGCUGAACAAGCUCCGGGUGUCCAAAAAAGUGAUGCCGGAGCCCCAGGAAGGCGAGCUCAAGAUCCGAGUCAAAGCCUGUGGAUUGAAUUUUAUUGAUCUGAUGGUUCGGCAAGGGAAUAUUGACAAUCCACCCAAAACCCCACUUGUACCUGGAUUUGAAUGCUCCGGAAUUGUAGAAGCUCUGGGUGACAGUGUGAAAGGCUAUGAGAUUGGAGACAGAGUCAUGGCUUUCGUCAACUACAAUGCCUGGGCAGAAGUCGUUUGCACACCUCUCGAAUUUGUGUACAAAAUCCCUGACGACAUGAGUUUCUCCGAAGCAGCUGCCUUUCCUAUGAACUUUGUAACUGCCUACAUGAUGCUCUUUGAAGUCGCUAACUUGCAAGAAGGCAUGUCGGUGCUGGUUCACUCUGCGGGAGGUGGUGUGGGUCAAGCAGUUGCUCAGAUCUGCUCAACUGUCCCAAACGUGACUGUAUUUGGAACAGCUUCCUCCUUCAAGCAUGAAGCAAUCAAAGGUUCCGUCACCCACCUCUUUGACCGAAAUGCAGACUACGUCCAAGAAGUAAAACGGAUCUCUGCAGACGGGGUUGAUAUCGUGCUGGAUUGCCUUUGUGGAGAAAAUACAGGGAAAGGCCUUAGUCUUCUCAAACCCCUUGGAACUUAUAUUUUGUAUGGUUCAUCAAACAUGGUCACUGGAGAAACCAAAAGUUUCUUCAGCUUUGCAAAAUCAUGGUGGCAAGUGGAGAAAGUGAACCCUAUCAAGCUGUAUGAAGAGAACAAAGUCAUGGCUGGAUUUUCUCUCUUAAACCUCCUAUUCAAACAAGGCCGAAGUGGUCUGAUUAGCAGUGUAAUGGACAAACUCAUACAACUCUACAACGAAAAGAAGAUCAAGCCGCUAGUUGACUCAUUAUGGGCACUGGAAGAGGUGAAGGAAGCAAUGCAGAGAAUCCAUGACAGAGGCAAUAUAGGAAAAUUAAUUCUGGAUGUGGAGAAGACACCAACUCCAUUGAUGGCCAAUGACAGUACAGAAACCAGCGAAGCUGGAGAAGAAGAGGAAGACCAUGAGGGGGACAAUGAGAAUAAAGAGCGUAUACCGUUCAUCCAGCAAUAGCUGUGAGUGGAAGGAAUGAAAGCCAGAAUAAUUGAAAGAGCAGAAGAAGGGAAGACGACUGGGAAAAUCCAUUUUGUGCACCAGUGAACAAAUGCUCUAGUACAGUGUGUGUUGUAUUUUUUUUUUGUCUGCAGUCAGCUGAGCUAUAAGCUGUUGAUCAUUGAUGUUUUGAACUCAAGUGCCAUCCCCACCUGAUACAGUAUUAUGACAUGCUACCAAGGGGCUGCCAGUUGGCCUGUUGAGAGUCUUGCUGAGUUCUUGUCAAAAGCCUUAUUAAGAUUUGAAACGUAAGCCUCAUGCCAGGUGGUUUCAAAGGCAAAUGUUCAGGGUAGUUUAGACGGUGUCUCUGUUUCUCCUGACACUCCAUUGACUAACACAGAGAAUUUAAGGAUAAAAAGCCACCGGGGGGCGGGGGUCAUUCAGUGAAGUCCUUGGAUCUCCGUUUAUUCCAGUGGGCACCUCUCGCCUGCCAAGGAUCAUCAUUCUGCAGAAAAGGAAGCAGAAUGAUGUGUGUUCUCCUUUGUGCUUUGUGUAUUAGGGACUGUUUGAGCUGGAACCCUAGGCACACCUAGGCUUGAUUCUCACAUUGAGGGGGAAGAGUGCAAGAACUGGCACAUAGAGGCCUACUCAGGGAAUGUCCUGCUCAACCAAUGCCUUAUGCACACAGUGGAAAGGAGCACAUGCACUCACUGCGACUUCCACAAAAUGACAAUCUUUGGCUGGAUGAGUGCAUGAACCAGCCCCAGGGUCAAGGACAGGGUUGUGUGCCCAAAGAGGCAUAAAUGGAGCCUCCUACAACAAAGGAAUAAAUCAGGAUACCCACUUGUACAAGACCUUUUUGUGCACCUUGUCACUCCCGCGUGAGCUGUUGGAAGAGAGUGAAGGGUUUUUCUUUUGAACCACAAACGAAGGCUGCUGAUGUUUUCCAUCCAUUCCAUUCGCCAAUUGUAUUCCAUUUCCUAAACAAACAAUUCCCUCUUAGUUUUGCAAAGGAAAUAAGAUACCUCAUUUGUAAAUUCAAGAUGCUAUUUUGUUUGGUAUAGAUCAGAAGCCACUGAUAAGCAUUAAUAGGUAUAGCUGUAUGCAUAAUAGUGGCUAGAACUUUGAAUAAUUGAAAAUUGAUUCCGUGAUGGUGCCAAUGAAUGUGUGUACUGUUGGUCCGUCAACGUUGUAUUGCCUUAUGUAGAACAAUCUCCAGGUUAGCUUUUUCAAGUCCUAAAAUCUCUUUUACCACAAAGAAACACAGAAUUUACUGAUAGCUCCUACACAAAGUGCAUUCUUCAUGUUAUGUUUAAAGGCUGGUCAAUGGUAACAAUCUCCGUUUAAUACAAUGGGAAAAAUAUUA